AUGGCGUUCUCCUCAGACGACCUUGUCGAGGGUGUCACCUUCCCCGAGGUGAUGCAGGAGGGUCGCCUGGCCGCCGUCUUCCCGUUCGUCGCCACCUUCCCAACAGUCAAGUUCAUGUUACGCGUCAGGGUCCCCAACACCUCGGAUUACGGCUCGAGCAAGCUAGCCACCUUCUACCCCGUCAUCGAGGUACUUCCUGUUCGCGCGGGCCCAGAGGCCGACGACGAGGCGCGCAGCAACACAGACUGGCUCCUGAGACAUGCCGGCCGCAACAUCUCCGUGCAGCUAGGAGGGCUGCGGAUUAGCAGGGUCGAGACCGAGGGCGGCCGCCUCACCAUCCACUGCAGCGCUGUGGGUCCGCGGCUUGUCCUUGCUGGCGGAUCCCGGCAACUUCUCCGGGAGAGAUCGAAAGCGGCCACGGCACCCCGAUGGGCCUUCCACACUCCUUCCCCCGCUCCCCAGCUGGAGACCGAAGCGAGACAACAGAUCCGCGAGACGUCUGCCGAGCUCUCUCCAUCCAAACUGAAUCCGGAGCAGGCGGCCACCGUACCGCUCAACGAGCCGCGACCCAGUCCGGCGCAAGCCCAGCGAGUACCCCUGACAUCGCACAGGAGCCGCUCACCACGACCGCUGUCAACGCACGCAAGAGAGUUCAAGAGCUUCAAGCGACCGCCUCCAGCUAGCGAGCCAGGGAAGCGCGAAGAGAAGCGCCAGCGAUUCCCCUCCCCACAGGCCUCGGCGCAGGCGGGACCGUCGCGUGUGACGAUGGUUACGCACCGAAUAGCGCAGACGCGACCUUUCCCGCAUCCAACGUCCCCGUCGCAUCCUUCAUCGCCGAAGGCUGCAGUUACCCGCCAGGAACCCGAACUUCCCGAGUCCCCGCCUCCGCGGCUACGAGUGUCCCCCGAGCCACCGGUCGUAACACCAGGCAGACGGUUGUCGGUCGGCGCUUCUCCUGUACCCACGCCUGAGGUCCAGCGAAGCCGGUUUUCCUCUUCGGCUGCGGCUGAUCGGGCUGCGCGGCGGGCCACUAUCCUGGCUCGAAAAGCGGAGCUCUUGGCCCAGUUGCGGGAUCUCGAAGAACAGGACGUCCAGGAGAGACUGGUAGCGGAUUCGAGGGUGCAGCUCGCAUCGGAAGUGCAGACCCACGAAUUAGCCGCUGGGUAUAUUCGUCGCGCCGCUGAGGAACGUAUACGUCAAGCCAACGCCGCUCGCCUCGCGCAGGAGGCGGCGAAGGAAGAUGAGAGGGCAGUCGAGGCAUCAAGGUUGGAAGAGCCAUUCACUGUCGGAAAAUGGACAUACACACCUCUCGGUGCACUCGUCUCUGGCACUACGAGGCAUGUAAUGGGCGUCAUCCAGCGAGUUGACCCGGCUAAAGAGACCAGGGGAGGCGACUGGGCUCUCCAUAUAUAUAUUAGGGACCCGACAUCCAGUGAGGGCGACGACACGGCGGUGACAGUCUUCCGUCAAGAAGCGGAGAUUCAGAAUCAGCCGUUCCAUAUAGGGCAGGCUGUCCUCUUCCGCAACCUGAAGAUCACCCCCUGGAAUAAUCGACCCAAAGGUCAUGCCUAUCGCACUCCAGCUAGCGAGUGGUGUAUCUUGCUGGGCGGCAAGAAGACCGUACCAGGAGGCCAACCGCAACCGCAUCCUAUAUACCAAGACGAGAUCACGCGCCUCAAGGCGCUGGCGAAGUGGUACCGCGAAGCCGGCGGCACUGCAUCGGGACGGCAGCACACGACCGACACCAGCACGAGCCGCCUUUCCUCCAAGCGCAGGACUCUCGGUGAGGUCACACCAGGGGACUUCUUUGAUGCGACGGUCAAGAUCAUGCACGUCCACACGCGAGACACGUAUGCGACAACCCAGGCCAGGUCCAAGUACGAGCUGUACAUCACCGACGGUACGGUUAACCCGCAACCGACACAUAAUUUCCACAACGUCGACAUCGGCACCCCGCCAGGUGCUCUUAUGUGUUUGACCGUCUUCUCCAACGUCGAUGAGGCCUCGGAGCGCCUUUUCAAGUACGGCGCAAUCCUACACUUCAAGAACGUGAAUGCGAACCGGUACAGGGGACAAGGGGAUCUCGAGCUCAAGUGGAGUGACAAGGUUACCGGAGAACAAUUGGACAAGGGCUGGAAGGACAAGAGGUGUUUCCCCGUGGAAGCUGAUAAGCCUGAGGCAAUCGAGAUCGAGGAGCGCAUCAAGGCACUCAAGGCGGCUCACUCUCGUGGGGAGACUCUCGCAACCCCAUCGCACCAGCACCAGCACGCGCAGACCAGUGCCGUCCAAACACUCCCCUCCGCACCACGACCUGUCCCAACCAUCUCGUCGGCCCUGAUGACCAAGUUCACCGACGAGGCAUCCCAUCCCCGCUCGACUGUAGCGCAAAUCCUAGCCAACACAACCGCCCCGAACCGCUUCCGCACACUGGCGCGCGUGAAGGCGAUCCAUUCGCGCGACGCCAAGGGGUCGGCGAAAGGUGAUCUCGCUGUGCUGUGGUGCAAGCGCUGCAACAACACCUUUGCCAAAGACCACUGUCAGACUUGCAAUGACCGGAGCAUGAAGAACGCAGAGGUGCGGUGGCAGCUGCUCCUCGUGCUCGAGCCGGAGCACGCCGACGGCGAGGAGACCCCACCCGACUGCGCCGCUGUCGUAGUCUUGGACGGCGAUGAGGCUGCCGCUAUCCUCCCAGCUCUCCCUCCGCUUGCACCUGGGCCCAACGAGGUCGCGCGACUACGCAAGCGCAUCUCCGGCUACGACAAGUUCAAGAAGCCGGUCCAAGACCUCCUCCUGGGCCCCGAUGUCAACGGCGAACGUACCCCGCCGCUCAUCGACUGGACCGUCGAGAGUUAUGCCAGUGGCCCAAACGGCCAGCUGGAUCACCUGUGUUUCCGCGUGUUUGGGAUGCGCAGUGGCGGUUAG